AUGUUUUUCCCUGAGCAGGAAUAUAAAACCAGUACCAAAGUAGACAUCCUAUAUUUAUCCUAGAGUGAAGAUGAAUUGAAGAAGUUGACCCUGGAAGAAGAUUUAAGUGAAUGUCAAAGAUCCAUUUAUAUUUUGACCAAGGGGCAAUAACUGCAAAAGAAAGCCAUUUACUCUAAUCUCCACAGGAUUUUGAAGGAACCUAGUGCCUUUGAAUUCCUAUUCUAAGUCAUAAUUGAAGAAAUCCAGUAACAAGAAGAAGACAAUUAAAUCAUUGCAGCUAAAUCAAUUCAGAGGUUGCUCAAAGACAAUUCGCUUUCCAUGCAAGAAUUAUUACAACUCUAUGAUUUGACAACCCAAAUAUUAAAGAUUUGGUCACUCCCUGUGCUGAAUGAAUGGGUCCAAACUAUGGAUCUUCUCCUUAGAACAAUAGGUCUCAGGAAUAUUCUUCUUCCAAUCCAACAAUUGAUACUACUAUUAACCGAUAGUUCCUAACCAGCUAUAUCACGAUAGAGUGCUGCCAAACUCAUCGGCACUUUAGCGUAGCUUCUCGGGAAUGAGAUUAAAGGUCCAAUUCUUGAUAGAGCCAGGAGUUUGUGUUCGGAUCACGAUAAAGAGACUCGUUUGAUAAUGGCUGACAACGUUUUGAUCAAAGUUUGCUAAUCAAUUUCCAGUGAUUUAAUCGAGUGUUAUUUAAUGGAGAAGAUAAUGGAACUCUACUAUGACACUGAUCCAAUUGUGAGAAGUGCAGGAGUGAAGUUAUUUUUUACGAUUGCGAAUAAUUUGUCAGCUGAUGAAAUUAAAAACAGGUGCACUAAACAAUUUAUUGAUACAAUACAAAGCCAAAAUGAGGAGAGCAAGUUAGUCAUGUCCAAGAUGUGUGGAAGAGUCUUUCACCUUAUAAAAGAUCAUCUCAAUUAAAUCCAAGUCACCCUUUUCAUCAACAUAUACAUGUCCUAUGUGAAAAGCAAGAACGUUGACAUUAGAGUCAAUUUCGUAUGCAAUUUUCCUGCUCUCUUAUCCUUGGCAUCCAAGAAAUUCGAAUACUUCCAAGAGUCUUAUUUACAGUGUUGUAAUGACAGCAAUGAAGUCGUUGUCAGAGCCAUCAUCAAUUGCUUCCAUGAAGUUGUACUGCUUUCCGAGAACACUGAGAUUCUGUUUUAGGUUUUCAUGAACCUCAUGAAAUCAAAGAGUUUAACACUGUUGGAAAUUCUGAUCUUCAGAUUUGCCUCCAUCAUCAACUCUUUUUAGAAACAAUAACAACCGCAAUUUGGUCAACCAGCCAUUGAAUUAUUGAAUAGUCUAAUAGCAAGGAACUUGUGGGAUUUCUAAAUUGAAUUACUUGAUCAAUUCAAAAAAUGCCAGUAGAUUUUUAGUGAUGUGAAUACGUUCAUGAAUGCAAUGGUUACUACAAUUGGGAAGGGCAUUCCAAAGACUAAGCAACAGUGUUGUGAUAACAUCGCUUAAUACUUGAGUCAGUAUGGAGACUUGAGGAAGAGGAAAGAUUGGAUAAUACAAUUGUUCGAUCUUUAUUUCAAGUCUGACAUCUACCAUAAUCGAAUCACUUUCAUCAACAUUGUGCAAUCAUUUUCUGAAUUCAUAUCGAAGAAACUAUUCAAAUAAUAUGAGUUCUUCGAUAUUCUGAUAUUUUCAAAAGAUCCUGUUGUGAAUGUCAGGAUGAGAUUAAUAAAGAUCCUACCAUUGUUAUAUAAAAAAAUAGACAACGAUGAUCUAUCCAUCUUAAAUAUGUUUAAUGAAGCUGUUUAGGAUUGCAUUCUGAGUGGAUCUCGAUCUUUUCAAUUUAUGAUUCAUCAAACCAAAGAGGAAUUGCUGAAACCAAAUGACGAGAAUUUAUUGAAUAAGAGAGACCAAGAAAUGAUGGAAAAGGAGGAAAUCAUAUUUAAGAAUGACUAAAAAUAGAGACAAUUCAUAUUGGAUCAAGAGAGGGAUGAUUUGGAAAUUAAUAAAAUAGAUUUGAAUGAUUACUUGAAUAAAUACAAAAAAAAGUAUCCUCUCUGUAAGAUCAAGAGUACCAAUUAAAGUCAAACUAAUUUGUUCAAAAAACAAUAGAUGCAAAAUGGAGCUUCGACCUUAAUCAUAAAAAAAUCUGUUGAUCUUGAUUCCAGCAAGAGUCCCUUAAUAGAAAGUUCUUCGAUGACAAAAAAGCCAGUCUUGAAAUCUAAAACUCCUACUACAAAGAGUAUUUGUGAUAUUAAAAAGUAAUUCAAGCUUCCAAGUAUCAAAAAAUGAAAUAUUAAUAUAAUAUGAAUAUCUAUGAAAUUAUGAACAAAAA